AUGAAAACGGAGGGGAUUUUCCGUGUAAAUGGAAGUGCAAAAGCAAUCGCCAACCUGCGGACUCAGUUUGAUAUCACCGCUGCGGACAAUCUGGAUGGAUCUUCACAAAACGACAUCCAUGCUAUUUGUGGUGUAUUCAAAUUAUUCCUAAGGGAGAUACCGGAGGGAAUCAUCCCAGAUUCAGCAACUAAACGCAUCGUUAAAGGCCUGCGACAACAGAGUCUUUCCAACCUCGCAACGACCUACUUCAUCACGCACUUCGACGUAAUCUUCUCUGACGAGGUGCCGGGUGUGGAAUCGAUCGACGGUAGCCAGGCACACCUCAUCUCAGCUACGAGUUUGAACAGUCUGCUUCAGAGGCAGAAGAAGCGGCGUCUGCCCCCGCGCCGGUCGGUGAUUGGCAUGGAGAUGCCGCGCUCUCGACCAAUCACGCCGCGUGGAGACGUCCUCUCUCCCGUCGUGUCGCCCGUCCUUGGCGCCGGCGUGUCUGCACACUCCACCAGCAGUCUGUCACUCUCGCCCGUGCACAAAUGGAUGUACUCGGACAACGAGGACAUGGAUCUGGGGUCUCACGGUGUGUUGGCACGCGAACUUGCCACCAUCAUGACGUCGAUAUCGAUUCCCUCGGUUGCGUCAGCGGAGAAAUUCUCUCCCUCCAACCCUCCAAUCUGCACACGACCCGUGGCGGAACGCCCCAACGCCACUCCGCCUCCCCCGCAGUCCCUAGCUGGUGUUGAUCUCGCCAAGUCCCUUCCCUCCCUCAUUCACCCGUCGGAGGCGUGUGGCGCCUGGCGUGGCCGACGUCGACGAAGUCCUGGCAACGCUGCGGACGAAGACGCCGAAGAGGCAAUGGAGGAAGAAGAAGAGUCCUCGGAGUCGUCAGCCAAUUCGCUGUUGGAGGGCCCCUUGGACACGAGUGGCUACCUGCACAAGCACUUCCACCACGACGCUCUCCCGCACCUCCUCACCGAGUCCAACACCGAGACAACACAGACGCUGACGCUCGAUGACGACUUCGACAGUGUCUGCCAGUCGUGCUUGUCUUCGGUGAGCUGGUCUUGCAUUCGACUUGUUCGAGUCGAUUUGUAG